GGGUUUUAGAACUCUGUCAUUCUUCUUCUCGUCGACGAACUCAAUUUUCCAGUCGUUUUCAAAUUUGAGUCUGUUCGGUUUUCUUCUCCGAUCUUCUUCCAAUGGCGGUCAUAUCCCAGUUAACUUGUGCUUCCACCGCCAUUAACCCCAGCCUAGGCCCUUUUCUCAAUCAGCGCCACCACCGUAACCCUCGCCGUAACCACUUCCCCGCCACAACCUCUGUUUCUUUUCGUUCGUCUGCUUUUCGCCCCAUCACCCUCAAGGCUUCUGCGCACAAUCCGGAAAGAAAUAGCAGUAGGUCGGAGAAAUCUAAACCCUGGGUACCGCGGAUACCGUUGUCCCUUCCCUCCACCUUCAAAGGUAAUCUCUUUACGGCAACCCUUUUCGGCGCCGGUGCCAACCUUUUGUAUAUGCUGCUGGAAGGUGGCGGCGGCGGCGGACGUAAUAACGCCGGAAAAAUAGUAAGGGGAGGAGGUGGCGGUGGAGAAGCAGGACAGAGUUCCAGUUUCUUGUCACGGUUGUUCUCUGUGGAGGGGUUAGACAAGGAGGAUGAAUUGGAAUCCGAAUCGGAGUUCUACCGGGUUGGGUCGCCGGUGUACAUGCUUGGGAUAUUGAAAAAGUACGCAAUUUGCGAUGUUCUCUUCUUUGACAGGAAAUUGAACGCAUUCACCGAUCCUACAGAGGAUCCCUUGUUCAAAUCAGUUAACAUAAUCUCUGGUCAGGUCUGCACUAGGUCCCAGCUCCAGAAAGAGCUUGAUAAACUUGCGGGAAGUGGAUUAUUCGAGGAAGUCGAUAUAGAUUGUAAAAGAAAUCGUGAUGGGUUGCUUCGGUUAAGAAUAUCAUUCUUAGAGCGGACAUGGCAGCAACCUGCUGAGAGUUUCCGGUGCAUAAAUGUUGGAAUGAUCCCGAAAUGGAACCCUCAAAUUGGUAGCACCAACGAGGAAAAAGGCAAAAAGGACAUGUUACAAUAUAUCAACGAAGGGACACAAGCUGAAUGUAGUAAAAAGAUUGAGAGGGGUGAUGAAAGGCCUUGUUUGUUGCCAAUGGCUCUGCAGGAAGAGAUUUCUGACAGAUUGAGGAGGAGGAAGGACUCUGGUGAAAUGAGUUCAAGAGUAUUGGUUAAGAUAAAGGAGAAGGUGCAGCAAUGGUAUGAUGAUCAUGGCUAUGCUUGUGCACAAGUUAUUGGGUUUGGGAAAUUGAACACUGAAGAAUUGGUAUGUGAGGUGGCAGAAGGCGACAUUUCCCGGAUACAGGUUGUGGAUGCAUCUAGGAAUGAUUCUGAUAAUCAUCACAUUGCUUCUGUUGUUGAGAGUGCGUUGCCCUAUGGAUUACGCAAAGGGGAAGUAUUCAACAUUGAAGAUGUCGAAGCAGCAAAGUUGAAUAUUGAUGCUUUAGGUCUGUUUUCCAAUACUGAAAUUGAUUUAGGCCUGGAUAAAGAGAAUGGGGGAGGUGUUGUAGUUAAAUUUAAGGUAGACAAGAAAACAAGAGAUGAUUCAGGUGUUAGCGGUAGAGAAUCCUUUCAUGACCUAGGCAGUAGUUGAAGUUUUUACACUUCUACAUUGUUAAAGUUACUGUCGACCAGUCAAUCAUCAUUAGUUUUACUCAUUCUUUGUUUGGUGAUGAAGAGUCAAGAGGCUAUAUGCACUACGUUUGUUACAUACAUAUUUCCUUCCUAUUGCCAAACACUAUUAAUCUGUCUAAUUCUGCAACACGUAGUUCUAUCUGCUUCUAGGAUGUAUCCCAUAAGUUUGUUGGUAUGUGGCAACGUAAAUUCCAUUCUAUGUACGCAUCAAUUGAAAGCGUAGCAAUGUUAAUCCCAUUCUAAGCAUGUGUCAAUUGAAACUUGAAAGUUGUA